ACUGUGUAAAAUCGUCAGGACUUGUUGAUUACAUGCCAUAGGGAGUCAGGGAGAGGAAUGAGUCAAGGAUGACCCUCCCCAUCCCUCCCUCAUUCUGAAUGAGGCAGCUGGGUGGACAAUGGUGUCAUUCACUGAGGUAGUAAAUCCUGGUGUAAGAACACAGAAACCCAGAUCCCUCUCUUUGAGACCAGAAUAUUGGUUCCUGGCCUUACCAGUCAAAAGGAUAUUCCUAAGGAUGAAGGGUGUGGAAAACAUCUGGGGACAAUAAGAACCCCAGGUUUUACCACUGGUUUUGGCAGCCAGUGGUAGUCUAGGUGAGGAUUCAGAUGAGCUAAGAAAUCUCAUGUCCAGAUCAGGCUGGAUUUUCCUUUUUUGUCCUCUGGUAUGUUUGCCACUCGGAUUACAGUUUGCUGUGUUUCUGCAUUUGUGCAAGGUGGUAGCCUGGCUCCUGGGACGGUCUGGAUCAGGGUGAGGGUGGAGUGAGAUCAAGUCUCCAGCUCCAAGAGGCUUCCUGGGGCUAAGUGAAAAGCUGGCUCUUUUGAAACAGUCUAUGUUGCUAGUUAACAACAUAUCAAGCAUACCGUGGUGUCAAAUAAAGGGGAUUUGUAGGCACAAUGCUGUUGGUAGCUGAUCUCAAUCAUUCAAGGAAGCUAUUAAAUCUGUGAACGUUAGCAUUCUGCCAGGUAAUGAGAUCUAGUCCUUAGCGCCUCCCAGACACUGAUUCUUUACUGAUUUGGAUCAUCUCCCUCUCCUGGCUUCCUCCACCUUGCUUCACCUCCUUCCAUACUGUCCUUGAAAUCAAUGAAUGAUAAUUUAGUAUAUCACUAGCAAGUGUCUGAAUAAAAAGGGUUUGGUUUCCACUGCGCCUCCUGUUACAACAAAAACGUGUACUGCAUAAAUGUAAUUGGCUACAUUAAUGUGUGAGCCUUUUCUGCAAAGAGAUGGAUACAUUUCGGAACAAUCUGCAGAGAGUUUUGACUAUAUGGCAAUGCUUCUAAUUAGCUGUAGCUCUAAUACAAUCAGACUGAGGCAGAAGCUACUCAUUUAGAAUAUUGGUGGAUGACAACACUGGCUUGAACAAAGUGACCAGUCUCAAAUGGCUACUCACUCUCUGGGCUGCAGGUUGCUAGGGCUCUGGCUGUCGCUGUUUUCCCCGCUGAAAAGGGGCGGGGGAAGUUGGUGUGUUAAGGGAAAAAAAAAAAAGCCCUACAUGUAUGUUGUCUGCCUCUCUAUAGAGGUAACAACCCGUGGAAAGAAAUGCUGUUGAGCGGGAGGAAGGUGAAAAAAUAGGUGGGUUUUUUGUUUUUUGUAUGUGUAUGUUUUUUUUUUCCUCCAAUGCUGCGACGCAUUAACCCUGCUGCUAUUGGGAUGUUCUCUGCUCAGCCUAUUGGCUGAGCCCAGGAGCCGCUGCCUGCCAAUCGGGUGGUGGAAGGCAGACAAAUCUACCCCGCCACCAGCAAAAAACGGCGCGUAACCCUUGCGGCGCCGGCCCAGCCGCGCCAGAGCUGGCGCGGGGAAAGGGAGAUAGGUGUCUCCAGCUGCUGUGGCCAUUUGGGGUGGGUCGGCUUCUUCCGCUUCUCAGGACCGGGUAGAGAACUAGCAGGCGGCAGCAAUGCUCCGCAAGGUGAGAAGCUGGAUAGAAAUCUGCAGGGGGGCUACCCUUUUGUUCCUCUGUUGCCACCUGGGUUACGUUUUUGGGCAGAUCCGAUACCCGGUCCCAGAGGAGUCACAGGAAGGGACUUUUGUAGGGAAUGUCGCCCAAGAUUUCCUGCUGGAUACAGAGAGUCUGUCAGCUCGCAGGCUGCAGGUCGCUGGAGAGGUGAACCAAAGACACUUCCGUGUGGAUUUGGACAGCGGAGCCCUGCUCAUCAAGAAUCCAAUCGAUCGAGAGGCACUGUGUGGGCUCAGUGCCAGCUGCAUCGUGCCCCUGGAGUUUGUAACCGAAGGGCCUUUGGAAAUGUACCGAGCAGAGGUAGAAAUCGUGGAUGUGAAUGAUCACGCCCCCCGAUUUCCUCGGCAGCAGCUGGACUUGGAAAUUGGAGAGGCAGCUCCUCCAGGACAGCGUUUCCCCUUGGAAAAGGCUCAGGAUGCAGAUGUGGGGAGCAACUCCAUCAGCAGCUAUAGACUAAGCUCCAAUGAACACUUUGCACUGGAUGUCAAGAAGCGCAGCGACGGCAGCCUGGUCCCAGAGCUGCUCCUGGAGAAACCUUUGGAUCGGGAGAAGCAAUCAGACUACCGCCUGGUGCUGACUGCUGUGGAUGGAGGGAACCCCCCAAGAUCUGGCACCGCAGAACUCCGGGUAUCAGUGCUGGACGUGAACGACAACGCCCCAGCCUUCCAGCAAUCCAGCUACAGGAUAAGUGUGUUGGAGAGUGCACCGGCCGGCAUGCUGCUCAUCCAGCUCAAUGCCUCUGACCCGGACCUGGGUCCCAGUGGUAACGUCACUUUUUCUUUCAGUGGUCACACCCCUGAUCGUGUAAGAAACCUCUUUAGCCUGCACCCCACUACUGGAAAGCUUACCCUUCAGGGGCCCCUAGACUUUGAGAGUGAGAAUUAUUAUGAAUUUGAUGUUCGCGCUCGUGACGGGGGUUCUCCAGCCAUGGAGCAACAUUGCAGCCUUCGGGUGGAUCUCCUGGAUGUAAAUGACAAUGCCCCCCACAUCACGGUGACCUCAGAGCUUGGGACUCUCCCAGAGAGUGCAGAACCUGGCACUGUGGUGGCGCUCAUCAGUGUGCAGGACCCUGACUCAGGGUCAAAUGGAGAUGUGAGCCUCCGUAUUCCUGACCACCUGCCAUUUGCCCUCAAGUCUGCCUUCAGGAACCAGUUCUCCCUGGUGACUGCUGGGCCCUUGGACCGAGAGGCCAGAUCCAGCUAUGACAUCAUGGUCACUGCUUCUGAUGCUGGGAACCCUCCUCUGAGUACCCAGAGGACUAUUUUCCUCAAUAUUUCAGAUGUGAAUGAUAACCCACCUUCUUUCUUCCAGAGAUCACAUGAGGUGUUUGUUCCUGAGAACAAUCGCCCAGGGGACCUGCUUUGCUCCCUUGCAGCCUCUGAUCCAGACUCUGGCUUGAAUGCGCUUAUCUCCUACUCUCUCCUAGAGCCCAGAAAUCGAGAUGUGUCAGCUUCCUCCUUCAUCUCUCUGAACCCCCAGACAGGAGCUGUUCAUGCUACUCGAUCCUUUGACUAUGAACAAACACAGACACUGCAGUUUGAGGUGCAGGCCCGGGAUCGGGGCAACCCACCCCUUAGUAGCACUGUGACAGUUCGUCUAUUUGUGCUGGACCUCAAUGACAAUGCCCCAGCUGUGCUCCGUCCUAGGGCCCGGCCUGGUUCCUUAUGUCCCCAAGCACUGCCUCCAUCAGUUGGUGCUGGCCACCUAGUCACAAAGGUGACUGCUGUGGACUUGGAUUCAGGUUACAACGCUUGGGUUUCAUAUCAGCUCCUGGAGGCCCCAGAUCCCAGCCUGUUUGCAGUCUCUCGCUAUGCUGGGGAGGUACGGACGGCUGUUCCCAUCCCAGCUGAUCUCCCACCACAGAAGUUGGUCAUUGUGGUAAAGGAUAGUGGUAGCCCACCACUCUCUACCUCCGUUACUCUCCUAGUGUCCUUGGAGGAAGACACUCAUCCAGUUGUUCCUGAUCUUCGAGAAUCUUCAGCUCCAAGGGAAGGAGAAUCCCGCCUGACCCUCUACUUGGCUGUAUCACUAGUGGCAAUUUGCUUUGUCUCCUUUGGCUCAUUCGUGGCACUGCUCUCUAAGUGUCUGCGUGGGGCUGCCUGUGGAGUGACCUGCCUUCCUGCUGGCACCUGUGCCUGUCUCACCCGAUCUCGAAGGAGGGAGGGGCUUCCUCCUUCCAAUGGGAUCCUCCGAAUCCAGCUAGGGUCAGAUGAUCCUAUCAAGUUUGUUGAUGUGGGUGGCCACUCUCAUGGCUGUACACCCUUGGCUUCUGCACCCACUCGGAGCGAUAGCUUCAUGAUGGUGAAGUCACCCAGUGCACCUAUGGCAGGGGAGCCUGUUCGCCCAAGCUGCCCACCCUCUGAUCUUCUCUAUGGGCUAGAGGUGAGACCUUUACAGGCUCAGCCAAUGCCUGAGGGUUAUUCUGAUCCAGGCAUAUGGCUGGGCCAUGUCCCAGAGAGUACUAGCCUCUCUGUAAGAGCCUGUAGUGAUGUCACCAUUUUUGUGAGUGGUAACUAUGUGGUAGAUGCUGUGCUUUAGAAGUGUUUUGUGAAUUAACCAGGGAGUUGUCACAGAUUAGUACUUGGGGGUGGGUUAUGCCCUUAUCUGAGAGUAAGAAAUGAAAGUAAGUGAUCAAGAGCCAGAGUAUUGUGGAAGCAUGCUACCAGAAUGUGGGAGCAUACAAGGCUAUAGUGCAUAAGGGUAGGAUGCACCAGGCAGUCACCUAAACCCAGGUGACUCUUUCUCUACUCUUCCUGAAUGAGGGGGCCAGGUUCUGGACUACCUUAACUCUAAGUUACCAUUUCCCAAUGGAUUGAGGAGAGCUAGUGUCUUUGCCCCACAGUAUCAAGUACACCCUAGUCCAUUGUAAAGGGAACUCUGCUUGAAACACAGCAGAGAGCACAAAGAGGAAAGAGCCAAGGGAGUGGAGAGGCAUCAAAGUAGAAGCAGAGAUCUUUAGUCCAGGUCUUUCGGAGGCCCAAUCAAGUCCCCACUGUGGGAUUUGAGCUAGAUGCAGUCGAUUGAGGGCAGGGGAGUAUUACCUUUUUGGGAAAAAAACAGUAAGUGAAAUCACUUAAUGUCAGAAAACUGGUUUACAGCAUGCUGCUGUAAUUCAUAGAGACAGCCACUCUCGGAGUCUUUAAGUAGAGUUCUUCUGAAUUGGUGAAACCAUAAAUCCUAGAGGCCAUGCCUAGACUCUAGUCACUCUCCUGGUGACCUGAAUCAGUCCCAUAAAUGUUCCCCCUACCACAAACUGUGAUGGUCAUUCCAUAGCUGAAGUCUGGGAUCUCAGGAGAGCUGAGUCCUAUAGCCAUCAGCUGACAUGGAGGUUCCUCAAAGCACUGCUGGAGAGUCAGAGCAAGACUCUGCAGGGUCCUAACGAAAUUUUUCUCUCACCUUAGCAGCAUUUAGUAGGAUGACGGAGGGUGGGGGGAAGCGUGGGUUUUGCUUCUC